GUGUUGAUUUCGUGAGAUAGUUCAGCACAUUCUUAAUUGAUAAGUAAACUCUGUCUUAGGGCCGCUUAGGGCUUUCAAAGUUUUAUGCCUGGUCAGCAAUAAUUUUAACAUUAAUGUGUGUGAUUUGUCGUUGUUAAAAGUUCAUUAUAAGAGCGAACCAUGCCUCCAAAAGUUGCAAAGCCUAAAGCCAGACGUUCUAUAAGAGUCGAGGAGGGAGAAGAUACAAUAUUUGACUCUCAGGAUCACGAAGAUGAGUUGAGAACUCGACGAAGUAUAAACCGAGUUGAAGAUGGGCCGGUGUUUAGAAAACCGUCUACACAAAGUGAACCAACUGAAGAGACAAGUGCUGACUUUUUCCACUGCCUCAAGUUAUCAGCAGAGAAUAAAAUUAGCUUGAAAAAUGCAUUUGCGUUGCAAAUGAUUGAUCAGUUGGGAGAUCAAAUUCGGCACCAAGACUCAGCAGUCAGUAAGAAUUUCCAGCUUGCAAGCUGCUCUUUGGAUGCUGGCACUAAAAUUUAUGCAGCACGAGUUGAUUGUGUUGCCAAAUCUUUCACUGACUUUUCUAUGGUAAUGACCAUGGCAAACAAGAAUAGUGGCAGUGGCAAUCAGGAUGAUGAUGUGGAAGACAAAGAAGAUGAGGGUGAUACAUUGGAAGCCAAAAAGAAACGAAUCAAGAGGCUGAAGAGGAGUCAAGUUUACUCAAAGAACAAAGAAGACUUGCUGAUGGAUCAGAGCAAGAACAGAAAACUUAACUCUACUUUUCCUGUUCUUGGCAAUCUCAUGCAGGAGGCAGUAGAUUCUUUCAAAUUUACAGAAAGACCUAAAAAUGGAGUUGAAGAACUGCAGCUGAGCAUGCUGGAAAAAUCUGAACCUAAUACACCAAUGAAAAUUGCCAUGGAUCCAAUUUCAAGAGAACCUUGUCUGUGUCCAACCCUCAAGAAAUUUUCACUUAAGUUUGAGCUGUCAGAGAAUGGCAAUGAUCUCCUCAACAACUCAUUUGGAACAAACAAUCCCUUCAUCUCCUUGAAAGAUUUUAAUGAGUCUUCGUUGGAGGACAACGUCCCAGAACCAGAAAAUAUAUCUUUUGAUGGCACAAUCGUGGAAGAGGCUGCUCCAUGUCAUCAUGAAGAUAUUUCGAUGGUUGCUGACAGGACUUCUUCCACAGUUCAUGGAUUAGUGGCUCCUUUGAGAAUGGUUAAUGAGGGAAGAAUGAUUCAGCUUCAAGGACCUGCUUUUUGGAAAUGGAAGAAACCAAGCUUUCCAGUCCAACUUGCAAAGGCAGCAGCAGCCAAGAAAGCUGGGCCAAAACACGAGCCUAUCAAUUUCAAUGAAAAUAUUGACCUCGCAGCAAUGUUGAAAAAAGCAGCAAAAGUGAACCUGACGCGUGAGACAGUUGUUAAGUGGGACACGUCGAAGCUUACUCUACCCUUUGAAGUCUUUGAAGCUGAAAGUGACAGCCAUGAUUGUGUUGGCGACAUCACAAAGUAUUCUCUGCCAUUGGCUGAAAACAUUCCAAGCACUGAACCUCUGGGACCUUUGGAAGAGCAAGUAGUCGGAGAGGAACCUCCCACAGACGAGUUUUUCAAUGACCAGAACUUCCCAGCUGAAAAUGCAUGGGCUGAUAACCAAGGCUCUGACGACGAAAACGAUUCGAAUCCAUUGAUGGAAGAUUUGGAUGCUGAAACAUUUAGUGCUGAUUUGGCCAACCUCUUCAACAAUACUGGCAUGACUGACCAUGUCAGCUACAUGACCAAUAUUAAUCUGGAUGAGAGUCAUCUAAUCUCGGCUCCUCAGGUCAUUGAUACUGUUCUCCCUGAAUGGAAGCCGGCCAAGAGGUUCAACAUGAAGAAGUUGGAGGCCAGCUUGUGGGAGCGAAUAACACAUGAUGAGGAAGGCAAAGAAGUUGAAGGUGAACCUUUCUUGCACCAGCUGUAUGACAGCCUGCCUAAACGGACGCAAGAGUCUGCUAGCGUUACGACUGUGCUCUACGCUUUACUCAAUGUUGCAAACAAGAAAGGAAUCAGUGUCAAAAUUCAAGACAACCUCAGUGACUGCAAGGUGGAGCGCAUUUCCAGACCAGGUAGGAAAUCAGGGAUAGCUCAUCCAGCAGUGGAACAGCAAGAUGCUGAAGAUUAAAAUGCUAGGGAAAAUAUUUUUUGUUUGUAACAAUACAUGUCUGGAAUCUCUAAAUCAUUUAACUUCUGUGAAGCUUUUUCAUUUGUUACAUAUUAGAAUAUCUAAAUAUGCAGCUCCUAAGAGUUGCCUUACUAGUGCAAGAAAUUUAGUUGAAUCCUUAAAAAGUUCAUAUUGGAAACCAUAAUCUAUAAUUUAAUCUUAUAAAACUACUUGACAACAACUGGUAUUCUAUUUUGCCUCACAAUUCAAACAUUAGGUCGGUUAUAUAAGAUAACAUAUUAUAUUAUGAGGAUGUUUGUCUGUCAUUAUCAGUAUAAUUAUAUUAAGACUUUGCAAACUUUAUGUAGAUUUUAUUAAAUAACUCAUUCUCAACGGCCCAUUUGUUUUUCCACUAAUUGGCUUUACGGACUUAAUAAUAAAUCCAGUGGGUAACGGAAUUGAAUUAUAGAUCUAAAAUAUUUGUUAGCUGAUUAUAUGUUCCUGUGCUUUUUUUACUUUUUUUUAGUUUCCUGCAUUAAUUGUUGGUAAUUAUGCCCUAUUAAUCAAAUUCCCUUUAUUUGUAUUCAUCGGGUCCUGAUUAGAAUAAUAACUUUUCCCUCUUUGUCUUUUAAAAUUCAAUUGAAAAUUGCAAGAGCUUUAUUGUACAUUGCAGAACAUACUGCUGGCAAUAAGAGAAUAAAUAUAUUUUUACUUUUA